AAGUUUCCAUAAGUCUUUAUUUACUGUCAUAUCAAAGGAUGAAGGCCUUACAAGUGAAGGAAGGAGUGCAAAGAGUGACCAAAUCAGACAUUAGCCAGGCCCAUUAAUCCUCCUGAAAACAGGCCACAGGUAGGGGGGCCGGAUUAUUCUGAAGAGUCUCCUGCAGCUGGAGCAACAGCAGACGAGAAGGUGUCUUAUAUUCGGACAUCUUUUAGCACACAAAGCUCCGAACAGCAGCCAGAUUGAGUUUGAAGGAUGUGUAGUAUUUGAAUGAUAACUUCAGGACCUGGAACCUCAGAUUAUCUGCUCAUAAAAACAAAGAAAUAAAACAUCAUUGCACGUUUGGCUGAAUGGAAACCUCCGACAGUCCUUCGACUCAGCGGCGGAAAGCCAAACUCAUGUUCGGCCUGAAAGUGAAGAAGAAGAAGAAAGCAAACAAAGACCUGGUCCUGGCAAACAAGGGAGCUGUGGAUAGUGAAGCGGAGGCGCCGACUGAAGAGUCGUCCCUGCUGGAGGGAGAGAACAUCGAGGAACAACCAGGACCCUCUGAAAUCAGAACCAGAAUCAAACCUGACACUAAGAGGGCCAAACUGAAAACUCGCAUCCAGCAGAGUGAAGGGAAACCACAAAGCUUUCAGAUCGCCAUCAACAUCACAGAGGCGAGGCAGCUGGUGGGAGAAAACAUUGACCCCAGUGUGGUGAUUGAGAUCGGUGAUGAAAAGAAACAGACGUCGGUUAAGGAAGGAACCAACGCUCCUUUUUUCAAUGAGUAUUUCGUCUUUGACUUCUUUGCACACAAGGAAGUGUUUUUCGACAAAGUCAUCAAGCUGACGGUGAUUCACUCGAAAAUGUUGAGAAGUUUCUACAUCGGGUCCUUCCAGCUGGACGUGUGGACCGUCUACAAACAGCCAGGUCACCAGUUCAUCAAUAAGUGGGCGAUGCUGAACAAUCCAGGUGACAUCAGCACUGGGGUCAAAGGUUAUGUGAAGUGUGAUAUCAGUGUCUCCGCCAAAGGUGAUGCCAUGCAGCCGGGACAGAAAGCAAGCGAUGCUGACGAGCAGAUAGACAAAAACUUGCUGAUACCGGAGGGUUUCCCAUCCGAGCGACCCUGGGCUCGUUUCUACGUGAAGGUGUACAGAGCUGAAGGCCUUCCUCGGAACAACUCCAGCAUCAUGGCCAACGUCACCAAGGCUUUCAUCGGGGACAACACCGCGCUCAUAGACCCAUAUGUGGUGGUCAGCUUCUUCAAACGAGUGGGUCGGACGUCCACUCAGAAGUCCACAGCAGAUCCAGUGUGGAACGAGCAGAUCGUCUUCACCGAGAUGUUCCCCCCGCUGUGUCAGAGACUGAAGAUCCAGGUCUGGGAUGAGGGGAGCAUGAGCGACGUCGCAAUAGGAACCCAUUACUUUGACUUGAGACGCAUCUCCAAUGAACAGGACGGGGACAGAGGGUUUUUACCAACUUUUGGUCCCGCUUGGAUCAACCUGUACGGCUCUGCUCGCAACUUUUCAAUCGGCGACGACACAGUGGAGCUGAAUGAGGGCAUCGGAGAGGGCGUGUCCUACAGGGGCCGUGUCUACAUGGAGCUGACGGUGGAGAUCCUAUCAGGUGGGACAGGCUCGGAGUCCAAACUCAGCAAAUUGGUCAAAUCAGUGAAGGAUCCCAAAGCAGGAAAAGCAGGAGGGAAGGAUGGAAAGACGGCUGCAGGAGGAGGAGCGGGAGGAGCAGCAGGAGGAGCAGCAGAUGAUGACAAAGGGAAGACUGUGGCAGCAGAGGUGAUGCCUGUGGAAGCUCCUCCUGAGAUGAAGGCAGAAAACCAGGAACGAUUCAUUCUGUUCGGGGCGGUGUUUGAAGCCACCUUGAUCGACAGGAAGAUCGGAGACAGACCAAUCAGCUUUGAGUUCUCCAUGGGUAACUUUGGGAACAUCUUGGAGCCUGCUGCUGCGCCCGCCCCGAGUCCUUCUGUCAGUCGGAGGAGAAGCCCCAGAAGUCCCAGAGCGCUGGACGUCCCAGACAGCGGUGACCUGCUCGGCACCUCUCCUCGCAGCUCCUCCCCAUCCUCCCCUCUUUUACCCCGAGAAGUCAAAGAAGACCCCCCCUUGACCUCCAAGUCCAACACGCCUCCAGAGAAACCGCUCAUCGUGGACGGAAACAAGUACUACAUGUAUCUUCCCCUGGAGAAGCAGAAGCCUUGUAUUAAUGUGCUCUGUCAGUGGGACGACAGAACCUACCGACUGUACAACUCCAACAUGCUGGAGAACAUCGCUGUCCUGUUUGAGGAGGGCGUGGCCAGUGCAGCCGAGCUACACAAGAAGUCAGAUCCAGGGGCGGAGCCAAUGCUCAAAAUCGUCCUCAAAGAGUUUUGUAUGGACGCGAGGAGUUUCAUCACAGCAGCCGAGGCCAAGCUGAAGGCUGAGCUGAAGUCGAGCUUCCUCACGCAGCUGGACAAGAAACGCCUCACCAUGUGUAAACAGGAACUGGAGAGUAUGAUAGGAGAUGCUCAGAGCCUGGGAGACAGGAAGAGAAAAGUGGGCGGAGUGAAAGAAAUGCUACAGAAUGCAACGAAACUCACACAGAAACUACGCUUUCUUGUGGUGGAGCCUCAGCACACGGUUCCAGACCUCUUUGUGUGGCUGUUGAGCAACAACAAGCGGGUUGCAUACGCUCGGGUCCGAGCCAGAGACUUGCUGUUCUCCAGUGACCAGGAGGCCCGGGGAGUCCACUGUGGCAAGAUCAUCACACUGUUUCUGAAGCCUCCAGGGAAGCGUGUUGCAGGCUUCUCAGUCCAAGCCAAGCUGGAUGUGUUUCUGUGGUUUGGAAAAUAUGCCGACUCAAUCCACAUGCUGGAUGACCUACCUGCAGGGUUCCAUCCUGCCACAGGGGGAGCCGACGCCAGCAACCCUCCAAAACGCCUUGUCAGCGCAGAGCAACAUCAGUUCCAACUGAGGUGCCACAUGUAUCAGGCUCGUGGACUGAUUGCUGCCGACAACAGCGGCCUGUCAGACCCUUUUGCCCGAGUCACCUUUCUGUCUCACAGCCAAACCACCAACAUCAUCAGUCAGACUCUCAGUCCAACAUGGAAUCAGUGUUUGCCGAUGAGCCGCCUGCAGCUGAGCGGAGAUCUUCAGCACAUCAAGGAGGAGCCGCCACGUAUUCUCAUCGAGGUGUAUGAUGACGACGCUCUGGGUAAAGCCGAGUAUCUGGGAGCCACGGUGGCGGUGCCUGAAAUCCGGCUAAACUCUGAACCCUACACGCCUCCAACCCUCCAGUACAGCCCGCUGCACUGCGGCAGCCAAUCAGGAGGAGACCUGCUGGCUGCUUUUGAACUGCUGCAGAUCCCAGAGUCUGGAGAGCAGAGUCUGCUGGCGUUGGAGGAACAAGAAGGAGGAAUCUACACAGUUCCUGCAAACAUCAGACCUGUUCUCAGCACCUACAGGCUCGAGGUGUUGUUCUGGGGUCUGAGGGAGCUGAAGAAGGUUCAGCUCCUGUCUGUUGAUCGCCCUCAGGUGUUUAUAGAGUGUGCAGGUAAAACUCUACGUUCGUCAGUCAUUCAGAAGUAUAAGUCCAACCCAAACUUCCCCACGCUGGUGGACGCCAUAGAGCUGGAAUUACCAGAUAACGAGCUCCUCCAUCCUCCUCUCAGUAUCACUGCUGUGGACUGGAGGGCGUUCGGGCGCAGCACGUUGGUUGGUAACCACAUCAUCAACAACCUCAAGGCCUUCAAAUACGCCCCGCCCCCGGCCCUGCCUGCUCCGGUGCAGGUACCCAAACAACGCAGGGUCUCGUACACACCGGAACUCCAUCUGGCGCCCGAGCCACAGAGCACAGAGGAAGCCUCUGCUUUCUCUCGUCCAAUAGGACCUUCCCAGCUCUCUGUAGAGCCCGGUUCCACUGUGCAGGAUAUCCUGAUCACUGUGGAGGAUGAAGCUCCGCCUCCAGCCCCGCGCACCCUGAAGAAAGAAGUAAAGAAAAAGGAUGGAAAGACAAAAAGCAGUCGACGCUCCACCAAGCGCAGGAAGCGGACAGUCGCAGACGAAUCAGCGGAAAGUGUCAUCGACUGGUGGUCCAAGUACUACGCGUCCGUGGAGAAAGAGUCCAAACAGAAGGAUGGAUCUCUAUUCCCCCAGGUGUUUGAAAAAGCUUCAGUGUUCGGCGGCUUGCUCAGCGAUGGAGUAGACUCUCUGGUCAGCCAAUCAGAUGCAGACAAGAAAAAGAAGCAGCAGAAAGGAAAAACAACGUUGGAUCCCAAACUUGGCGUUCCAGCUAAAUUAGCCACGCUAAAGCUGUUCAACAAAGAGCUGGAAGCCGAGUUUGGAGGUUUUGAUGAUUGGGUGAAAACGUACGACCUCUUCAGAGGGAAAGCCAACGAGGAGGAGGGAUCGACUGAUGAGAGAUUCGUUGGCAAAUUUAAGGGGAAAUUCUGCCUCUACAAACUGACUGAGAGUGACGAUGAGGACUGGGAGGACGCCGCAGACUCCGGGCACUUAAGAGUCAACACCGGGAUCCCUCCAAACGGCCCGGUCCAAGUCCUCAUACGGGUUUACAUCGUCUCAGCGUCCAACCUGCACCCGGCUGACCCCGACGGGAAGGCUGACCCUUACAUCGUCCUUCGCCUCGGCAAGAACGAAAUCAAAGACCGAGACAACUACAUCCCCAAGCAGCUCAAUCCCGUGUUUGGAAGAUCAUUUGAGUUUCACGCCACCUUCCCGAAGGAGUCUCUGUUGUCGGUGGUGAUCUACGACUAUGACUUGGUGGGAGGGGACGACCUGAUCGGAGAGACUCGCAUCGACUUGGAGAACCGCUUCUACAGCCGCCACAGAGCGACCUGCGGACUCCCCAUGGAGUACAGCCUCGAUGGUUACAACGCCUGGAGAGACUGUCUGAAGCCCUCAGAGCUGCUGUCAAAGCUGUGCAUAGAGAACGGCGUGGACGGUCCUCAUUUCAGACCGGGACGCAUCACUCUGGCCGACAAAGUGUUCGCAGGGAAGACACUCUUCAUGAAUGAAGACCAGCCGGUGGAGUCCUACGAACACUUGUCCCUGAAGAUCCUUCACCGCUGGUCAGAGAUUCCAGCUGUGGGGUGUAAACUGGUUCCUGAACACAUCGAGACCAGGACUCUUUUCAACAAGGCCCGGCCCGGCAUGGACCAGGGUCAGGUCCAGAUGUGGGUGGACAUGUUUCCCAUGGACUUACCUCAUCCGGGACCUUCUGUGGAUAUUUCACCCCGAAAACCAAAAGGGUACGAGCUGCGAAUCGUCAUCUGGAACACAGAAGACGUGAUUCUGGAGGACAGCAACUUCCUGACCGGUCAACAGUCCAGCGACAUCUACAUCAAGGGCUGGUUGAAAGGUUUGGAGGACGACCGACAGGAGACGGACGUCCACUACAACUCUCUGACGGGAGAAGGAAACUUCAACUGGCGCUUUGUGUUCCCCUUCUUUUACAUGCCGGCUGAGAAGGUCGUGGUGGUGAGGAAGAGAGAGCAUAUUUUCUCUCUGGAUAAAACCGAGGAGAAGCUUCCUGCCAUCCUCAAUCUGCAGGUCUGGGACUUCGAGACGCUCUCCUCUGACGACUUCCUCGGCACGGUGGAGUUAGACCUGCACGGUUUCCCUCGUGGGGCAAAGACGGCCAAGGUGUGUAAGGUGGACAUGUUGACGGACGGGACGGAGAAAAUCUCCAUCUUCCAGCAGAAGAGAGCGAGAGGCUGGUGGCCCGUCAGCAAGUCUGGAGAGCUGACGGGGAAAGUGGAGGCGGAGUUUCAUCUUGUGACGGCUGAGGAGGCAGAAAAGAAUCCAGUUGGACGAGCGAGAAAGGAGCCGGACCCGCUGCCGAAACCAAAUCGUCCAGACACGUCCUUCUCGUGGUUCGUCAAUCCGUUCAAGUGUUUCUUCCACCUCAUCUGGAAAAACUACAAGAAGUACAUCAUCAUCGGCCUGGUGCUGCUCAUCACGGCGCUGUUCCUCGCCCUGCUCUUCUACACACUGCCCGGCGCCAUUUCUCAGAAGAUAGUCAGCGGAUAACACACACACUAACACACACACUAUUUUCACACUGUAGUUUUAAACAUUUUAAACUUUGUGCCUGUAAAUAAGAAAGUUCCCGUUUCUGUGUCUCUUCAUUGAGAUGUUUAUUUACACCGAACAGGUCAUCAGGUGAUUCAAAUCAUUUGUUUGUUCUGAGUUAAACUUCAAAACAAAAGCAUUUUUCCAGGGAACACCUGCAGGUGAGAGGUCACAGAGGUUACAUGGUAACGUCUCCUAGCUUUCACCUUUAUCCCACAUUGUUCUUUAAGCUGUUUACAUCAGGAGUGUUUAGCUUCGAUCCCAGUUUACAGUCAUGGUAACUCUGGUGACCUUCAUCCUCUCGGUGUGUUAGACAAACAUGUAAGAGGCUGUGUUGUUGUUGUUUACACACAAAGAACUCAGAAUAAUAUCAGCUUAUUCAACAUGUUUUCAUUAGAAACAUUACAUUCUGAAUAUCCUCAUGACCUUUUUUAAAUCAUCUCAUUCUUAGUGUGCAUGUUCUCUUAGUGUCUUUUUAUUCCACACUAACGGGAAUACUUCUCAGGUUAUUUCCUCGUGUACUCAUUAGACCAGGUUCAGGUGUUCAUACGAUUUACAUUAAAACAAAAGAGAGUCCACUUGGCAGUCCCUCCAGGAUUCGCUGUGUUUUUAUUGCUGCAGCCUAAAAUGAUAAAUUAUGACUGAGCGCCCGACGGCUCAGCUUGGAUAAAAAUAAAAAGGCAUCUGCAAAUUCAAAAUGUGCACACAGAUUUGCAAUCUGUAGGAAUGAAAUAGGCUGGUUGAAGAAAAGUGCAUGCUCACAUAAAGGCUGGGGAUUGGUUGAAUUUGCUGCAUGGUAACAUUGCAACUUCCUGGAGGGACUGACUCACAGAAAUCCACCACACAGUGAAACUCUCGGUCCGACAUUUAAAAGACAUUCACCUGCUGACUAAAAACUACGACGACGGUUCGUCUGCAUGGCGCCGUGUUUCAUUACCAUCACAUAAAAUCCACUUUGAAAUACAUGAACAGUAAACAUGUGCAGACGGAUACAGAGGCUCUUAUUUUGAAGGAGUCCACAUUUACAUAUCAGUAAAAGCUUUAAAAUGCAAAGCAAUAACGCUCAGGUCGGUCGAUGUGAUUCUGAAUGUGUGUUUUCAGUAUUUGAAUUCAUCACACUUGAUGUAGUUUGAUCAACACUAAAUGUUUUGUGUAACUGAGUCUUAAAAUGUUGAGUUCAGUACAGACUGUUGAAGAUUCAGGGACUUUUAGUUUUAACAUUGUGGAGUGAAACUUUGUGAUCCGGGCUCAGUAAAGAAUAUGAAGCAUGCA